CCCAGACCCUCUCUCGGAGACCCCCGACCCACCCGGAGACCCCAGACCCUCCGCGCCGAUGCGGGGCCGCCCCGCGGUGUGACCCCGCCAUGGACUGCACCUGUGUGUCCGACCUGCUGCUCACGGCGCCGCUGCCAGCGCUCUGGACACCAGGGUUCGCGUUCCCAGAGUGGGCGUACAAGGCCGAGUCCAGCCCCGGCUCGCGGCAGAUCCAGCUGUGGCACCGAGCGAUGUCACACUGACAAUCGCUGCGGCAGGAGCAGUACCGCGAGGUCAUCGCCUGGCAGGGCGACUACGGCGAGUUCGUCAUCAAGGACCCCGACGAGGUGGCGCGGCUCUGGGGGGUGCGCAAGUGCAAGCCCCACAUGAACUACGACAAGCUCAGCCGCGCCCUCAGGUACUACUACAACAAGCGGAUCCUGCACAAGACCAAGGGCAAGCGCUUCACGUACAAGUUCAAUUUCAGCAAGGUGGUCCUGGUCAAUUACCCGCUGCUGGAAUUGGGGCGGGGGGCGCCGCUGCUGCUCGGCCCCGCCCCCUGCCCCGCCCCGGACUGCGGGCCCGCCCCCGCCGAGGCGCUGCAGUCGCUGUUCUGCGCCCCCCGCCCCGACCCCCCCGCGCGCCCCCCCCUCUUCGAGGGACCCCCCGAGACCCCCGAGACCCCCGAGAAGGGGCUGGGGGCGGCGCCGCCCUUCCUGGGCAACGGGCUCUCGUGCUUCUCGAAGCUUCCGGCGCUGUUCGGGGCGGGGGGCGGGGCCGGCUUCGGGCGCCCCGCCCCCCUGCCCGAGUUCCCCUGGGGGGGGUGGGGGUCGUACCUGGGGGGGGGCGGGGCGGCCCUGGCGCUGCCCCCGCCCCCUCCCCACGGCCACGCCCACCCCGCCAAGCUGGCCCCGCCCCCUCCCGCGGGGGCGGGGCUCUACCCCUCCCCUCCCUUCUUCCUGCCGGCCCCGCCCCCGCCCCCCGCGGCCGCCCCGCCCCCCCCCGCGCCCCUCCCCCCGGGGGUGGGGGAGGGGUCGGACUCGGAGCUGGAGGUGACGGAUGGGGGCGGGGCCAGCUCGGGGGGGGAGGAGACCCCGCCCCAAAGCCCCACCCUCAUCACCCCCGGCAGGGGCCACGCGCCCCGCGGGAAAGGCCACGCCCACCGCACCUGA